AUGGCCAAAGAGUUGGAAGCCUGCGGCUCCAUCAAAGAUAAGAUCAAAGAGGAUGCCGAUAAGGCCGUCGAGCAGACAGUUGCGCGCCUCGAGGCGGCCAAGAAGGCCGCAGCUGAUGCCGAGGCGAAGCGCAAGGAGCUGCAGGAGAAGGCCGAGGGGCUGCUGGCGAGGCUGGGCGAGCUGGUCACGGACGCGGAGGCAGCCUCGAGGAAGGUCCAGGAGGCGGCCGAGCCGCUGUCUGAGGACGGGGCCGGCCUGGAGAGCGUGACGGCCGCGGCAGAUGCGGUCGAGGGGGCGAGCGCAGAGGCCAAGGCGAAGCUGAAGCUCUGCACGGACUUCACGAAGGAGCACUCGAAAGACACGAACAUUGCGAAGAGGGAGGGUCAGACCGACAUCAAGGCCGAGUGGAGUAAGCUAAUGACGAGGGUGCGCGAGAGCGCUAAGGAUACGGACUCCACGGAUAGGUUCGCGGCGGCAGCGAAGGUGAAGGCGGUCAAGAAGUCUGAGGCGACCCGAAAGCUGGACGAGAUGAAGAAGGUGUUUGAUACAUAUGACAAGGACAAGGACGGUUUCUUGAGCAAGGCCGAGGUGAAGAGCUAUGCCCAGGGCGUCUUCAAGUUCGCUAUCAAAGCAGAGCCGCUCAAUGAUAUCUUCACGACGCUUGCCCAGGACCCCAAGGGGAUCAAGAAGGAGUCGCUCCAACGGCUGAAGGUGGCCGUCGGCAUCGCCUUCGUGAAGACAAAGGACGACGAGCUCCGCGAGGUGAGGGUGAAGAAAGAAGCGGAGCUUGCGAACGUCAAGGCUGGGCUGCAGGAGAAGGUCCAGGAGGCGCUGCAUGUGAUCGAGAAGUGCGAGGAGCUCGUCAAGAAGGCGGAGGCGGCAGCGAAGCCCCUGCCGGUCAAGGCGAAGGAGCUCGCGUCGACGGAGAUGCUCCAGCUGGUCGGCGAGGCCAGCGCCUCGAUCGAAGAGGCGAGGGACAGCCUCGGCGGGGCGAAGGCGGAGCUGGAGGCGCUCAGGGAGGGCGUGGAGGAGGAGCUCAAGGCGUGGAUGCUCGCGGAGGUCUCCAAGCUAGAGAAGAGGACGAAGAGCUGGGAGCCCCGGCUCGCGACUGCCACCGCCAAGUGCGCCAGCUUUGAAGAGAGCGCGAGGAGAAAGGAGCGCGCGGAGCUGAGCACGCUGGAGAAGCAGGUGCUCAGCAUGAUCCGGUACCACCAGAAGGAGGGCAAGCUUUCAAAGGACGCCAUGUUCGAGCAGUUCGAUGCUGAUAAGGACGGGCGCGUGAGCGAGGCGGACUUCCUCAAGUUCUUCGCCACCUGCAAGAAGGAGGAGCCCAAGGUCGAGGACGGUAAGCCUGCACCCAAGAGUGACCCGCCGUCGGACGCGGAGCUCGCGAGGGUCUUCAAGCACUUUGACGAGGACGAGGAGAGCACCCUCAGCGAGGACAGGCUUCUCGCUCUCGUCCGAACUCUAAUGAAGGUCUCUGCAGAGACGGCUUUGUCCUCGGGAAAGAGCAUCGAGGACAAGGAAACCCGGACGCUCCGCCGCAUGGAGGUGGGCGAGGUCGUGGAGGUGCUUGAGGGCCCCAUCGAGGACGGCUCGGCAGGGGUGAUGCGGAUCCGUGCGAAGGCAAUGAAGGAUGGCGUUGAGGGAUGGGUGACCCUCAAGGGCAACCAGGGCACGGUGUACCUGAAGGACGGUGGCAGCCUGUUCAAGGUCGUCAAGGAGACCAUCAUGACACCUGCCUUCGAGCUGGACGCCGUAGUGGACAAGAAGGCGAAGGAUCCGACCCGCAAGCUCAAGGAGGGGGAGCUCCUCGAGGUGAGAGAGUUCCCGAAGAAAGAGGAGAAGUCGGGUCUCACACGGAUGAAGUGCCGAGCUAAGUCCGAUGGUCUGGUCGGUUGGGUCACCACCGUCGGCAAUGCAGGCACGAUUUUUGCCAUUGUGCAGUAG